AGGGGCUCAAACGCGCAAAGGAACGUGUUUCAGCCAGAUUCAGUCAGCGCACAUGUCGAGAUUGCGACAGCUGACAGUGCUGCUGUGUUGGCAGUGCUCCUUGGGUCGCCACGGUGCGGGCUUUCAGCCUCUACCAUCGGGUGGUGCUGUUGUGAAGAUCUAUGCACCCCACGCGACGCAGGUGUCUAUAGUAGGUUCAUGGAAUGGUUGGAUGCCAGACUCUUUGGUGAAUCUCUCAGAUGGAUGGUGGGAGCUCAACAUCUCCAGUGAGCCAACCAGAGACUACCUCUUCCAAAUAGGUGCUGCGUACAAGAUCUUCCUGGUCUCUGAGGAUGGGCGGUCUUAUUGGCGUCCGGAUCCAUGGUCUCGACUGCAGGAUGGCACCACACUUGGAAACUCCUUAACCUAUUUUGACGAGAAGUUUCAGUGGACAGAUGCCAACUGGUCCAUGCCUCAUUGGGACACCUUGGUGAUCUAUGAGCUCCACGUGGGAAGUUUUUGUGCCUAUGAAGGUUGGACUGGCACUGCCACCCUGGACAUGUGCAUACCGAAGUUGGAGCAUCUAGUCGAGCUCGGCAUCAACGCAGUGGAGCUUCUGCCAGUGGCCGAAUUUGAUGGCACCGUGGACUGGGGAUAUACUACGGCGUAUCCCUUUGCGGUGGAGGUGUCGUAUGGCGGACAGGAUGCUUUCAAGAGGUUCGUGAAUGCAUGCCACCAGAAGGGUCUGGCUGUCCUUCUCGACGUCGUCUACAAUCAUUUGGGCCCCAUGGACCUGCCCCUCUGGCAGUUUGAUGGAUGGUCCAACGGUACAGGCCUCGGCGGAAUCUAUUUCUACAACGAUCACCGGGCGGAGACGCCCUGGGCGCAUACACGUCCCAACUACGGAGUGCCGGAUGUCAGGCGCUUCUUCGUCGACAAUGCACUGUUCUGGCUUGACACGAUGCAUUGCGAUGGGCUACGAGUGGAUGGAGUGAGUUUCAUCCGCCUGUGGGGUGGAAGCGAAACCAACCGAAGCGCCGGCACCUUCAAUCCAGAAGGAGAGUUGUUUCUCAAGGAACUCUCGGCCGCCGUGCGGAAGACCGGAAAGAUGUUGAUCGCCGAAGAUCUUCAGGGUAACAUGUCUCUGACGGAGGAGCUUCCAAAAGGCUUGGGUUUCAACAGCCAAUGGGACGGCAGGUUCCACUGGACUCUGCUGAAGAACUUGAGACAGCCUGAUGCAUGGCGCAACAUGAGCGACUUGCAGCAGGCCAUCUUGGCAGAUCUUGGUGGUGGCGUGCGCCGCACCAUCUACGCGGAGAGUCAUGACGAAGCAGGGCGAUUUCGCUUGCCCCUGGCCAUUUCAGGUCGUAGAGACAGUUGGGUGGGCAGCAGGCUUUCCGCCUUGGCCACUGCUUUGGUCAUGCUGAGCCCUGGAAUUCCAUUGAUCUUUCAGGGUCAAGAGUUUGCACUUCAAGAGCUUUUCUCUGCCCAUCAGCCCAUGGAUUGGAGCCAAUUGGCGUCACACCGGGGGACCUUCAAGCUGCAUCAAGACUUGGUCGCCUUGCGGCGCGUCCAAGGGCUCGGAAGCGGGACGGGCGUUAAUGUCACCGCGGAUGAGACGAACAAGAUUUUGACCCUUCAUCGCUGGAAGGAGAAUUGGCCAUCUUCAACGUCCGCGCCAAGUGCGCCAAGUGCUCGAUCGGUGUUUGCGAUCUUCAACUUUCAGCGCCGGGCUUUGGUCAAUUUCGACGUGACCUUCCCCAAAGGCGUGGACUGGAAUUUGGCUCUCAAUACUGCGGACGCUCGCUAUUACAACAUGGCCACGGUGUUCCACGAAGAAGAUCAAGGACCGGGGGCGUUCACGCCCAUCGAGUCACCACAAGCUGGUUCAACUGGCACGUUCAUACACCCGUACAGCUGCAAAAUCUACACUGGCAAUUUAAUCAAGGGCAUUUGAGUCUAAGACUGCAGCUGCCCAAUUGCAGAACGAAGUGAUGAAUACUGAUUUACUGUAAUGAUUCCUUGUUUUCUUGCAAAUCGGCACGUGUCCAUUUGAUUUGUGCUUCGUUGCACUUCUUGAAAAACUGAUCUGGUCUUGUACUGAACUUGCGAACCCAAUGCCGUUCCCAAUGCCGUGGCG